CCUGGUGCAGCCGCCCCGGGGCUGCGCGGCUCGGGCCAGGUGGGCAGCGCGGGGCUGGCACCGGGAAACGGGGACCCCCCCCCACAACACCCGGAGAAACGUUUCGCUGGAGAGCCCCAGCCCGCCCCUGAUGGCAACGGAGGCCGCGUCUCUGCCACCCUCUGCUCCAGGGGAGUGCCAGGGGGAUGCCCCUGCUGGCCCGUGCCCAGACGGUGAGGACAUGGAUAUCCCCGGGAAGGGGCACAGGCCAGGGGAAGGCGGCGCUGACCCCAUCAUCACACAAGAGAGGGAGUCUGGGACACUCGAGCCCCCUGGCGCCACUUGCCAGGACGAGGCACCAACACACGGACCGUCCCCUGCUGCCCCAGGGGAGGGGGGCAGCCAGGCAGAUCACCGCGGCACCUGCCCCGCUCCCCCAGCACAGCCAGACCCGGCUGACUCCUCAGGCCGGCCAGCCUGCAGAGGGGACGACGGCAACGGUGACCCCCCCGGUGCCGCCCCCUCCUCGGAACCGCCUCAAGCUGCCGACGCCGUCUGCCAAGCGAGCCCCGGGGAGCCAAAGCUGAGUGCCGGCUCCGAGCAGGGCUGCCAGGAGAGCGCCGAGGCGGCAGGCACAGAGACGGGCGAGGAGAAGGUGCCCGGCCUGCACGGGGACGAGUCACCGGCCACCGCCCCAGGGUCGGAGCAGCUGGUGGAGGAGUCCGAAAAGGAUCCGCAGCUGUCUGGGGAACAGGGACCCCGGGCGCUGGUCAGCGCUGGUGCCCGGGGGGGCCAGGAUGGCAGCUGUCCACUCGAGCCGGAUGGCACGCUGGUGCCAGGGGCAUCCUUGCUGGCACCGGGGGACCUUGCCCCUUGCAGCCAGCAGGGGGCAGCAGGCGCCAGGCCUGAGGCGGCCGUGCCAAGGUCUCCCGUGGCAACUGGUGACUCCUCUGGGCCUGCCCACCUGGCCUGCGCCAGCCGCCGGGAGCCGGGGGGCGGGGAAGGCUGGAGGGAGGGACCAGCUGGCAGCUCGGCAGGUGGAGCCGGUGACAACAAUAAACCCCGGGGUGAGGUCGCAGCUGGGGCUGUGCUGGAAUCUGAGACGAGCGAGGUGCCACCCAGCGCUGCCGGGCCCCGAGAGACCUCGCCCGGGGGAGACGGUGCCGGGGAGCUAGACGGUGCCACGGGUCCAGCGGGUAGCAGGGAUCUGACUGGUACCAGAGAUCCAGCCGGUCCGCGAGAGACAGCCGGUGCCGCAGAUCCGACCGGUGAAGACCCGGCUGCUCCCAGCGAUCUGGGCAGUGCCACAGCUCCAGCCGGUGCUGACGCGCCGACCAGUGCCGGGGACCCAGCGGGGGCCAAAGAGCCAGGAGCUGCCUCGGAGCAGAGCAUGGAGAAUGGGGACCCCUCCAGUGACGGCGAAGCCGCUCCGGCCCUGAAGCCGGGCGGCGAGACCCCCAUCGAGCGGGAGAUCCGGCUGCACCAGGAGAGGGAGGAGACCCUGAGGCGGCAGCGGGGCAUGGCCAGCCCGCGGAGCACCCAGGAGUACGUGGAGGUGCGGGUCAAGCCCAUCUUGAACCAGGCCCAGCCGCCCGCCCAGCUGCCCAAGGAGAAGGAGCGCCAGUGGGCCGGGGCCCAGAUGCAGCGGGAGAUCCAGCGGGAGAGGCUCCGCGAGGAAGACCUGAUGCAUCUGGGCCAGGUGCGGGGCACCUACGACCGGGGCACCCCCCAGGAGCUGCAGGAGAAGAAGAUGCUCUUCGAGCACCAGCCCAUCCCCGAGCCCCUUUCCCCCAGGAAGCCGGCGAGGGUCACCUGCAGCAGCAGCGCCGAGACCCCCCCGGAUCAGGGCCCCCGGGGACCGUCCUUCACCGAGGCCAACAGCCGGGCCAAGAUGGUCAUCCUAGAGCCCAGCACCCUGCUGCGCCCCAGCCCCGGCCACCAGCCGCCCCUGGAGCAGAGCCCCUCGGCCCAGGGCAACCCCUUCUUCAGACUGCACUCCAGGAGCCCCCAGUCCCGGCUGGAGCUCGAGGUGCAGGAGGCCCAGAAGAGGGAAGAGGAGCUGCAGAAGCAGAGACACUGUCUAUAUGGCUGGGUCCUGCCCCCGGAUGCCCAGGGGGCGGCCGACGGGCAGGAGCCGCGCCGCAGCCAGCCAGAGAGACCGUCCUGCAGGAAGCUGGAUGUGACCUGGCCGCCCCCAGCCCUGUCGGGGACCCCCCAAGAGAACGGGCUGGACCAGGUGGAGAAAAGCCCCCGGAGCCUUCGCCAGAAAAAUGCCUUAAUCCAGCGCUGGGAGUCAGGAGCUGUCAGCAACCCGGAGAGCCAGGAGUAGGGAGCAGCGCCGAGGAGGGAAGGGAGAGAAAAUGUGGGGGGUGGGGGACAUCCCAGCAUCUCCCAUCCUGCUCUAGAACCUACCCCCCCACCUUGAUCCUUCCAGGAUCCCACUACUGGAACCACCAUGUGCCCUUCCCACCUACCUGAUUGGACAAAGCUUUAAUGCAUGUGACCACCCAGGCCGCUUUGAUUGGGUGAUGAACUACUUUGCUUCGCCUCCUCCCACCCCAGCUUUCUCCAUGGACCAAUCAGGAGAGACCUAGGUGAAACGCAUUGUAGUUGAUUAUUUUUUAGAGCAAGCCAAAUCCCACAUUAAAGGGAUUUUGGAAUCCAUGGAAGAAUGAGGCCUUUAAUACUCCAGACUAGGUACUGAGCUGAGCUAUCCCGGUGUGACUCCAGAAUCACUCAAAUGGGGUGACUCCAGAGUCACACCAGUGUAAAGGCAAUCAGAACCUGGUUCUCUAUUGUAGUAAAACACACAGGCAAGCUCGUAAAACGUGUGGAUCAGAAUCGCCAUCUCUUUGAACUCUGGGUUGGGUGGGAUUACUAUUGGCCUUGGGAUGCCUGGGUUCUAGGCCCAGCUCUGCCACUGAUUUCCUACAUGUCCUUAUCCAAGUCAUUUCACCACUCCGUGCCUCAGUUUCUCUAUCUUUUAAAUAGUGGGAUGAUAAUGCGUCCCGCGGCAGAAAUCAUGAACAUUUGGCCAAAAUACUAGUAUAACUUUGAUCCCAAACGUAUUAAGCCUCAAAUGGUCUCCUCCCCAGAAGCAGUCGCUUCUGAAACAAGCCGACAGAGUAGAUUGUGCUCAGGCAUGAAAUCAUCUUGGGAAGACGCUACGGGGCGUUUUAAGCGAAAAGGGUUUAAGAAAAAGAAUCAAUAAACGAAAGGAAAAGCA